AUGUUGCGACCGAUAUCCCAACAUAUGGAGGUGAGACUGAUAGCACCAAUGGAGGUGCAGCACAACACGGGACGCGAAAUGGAUGUUCUUGGCAAUGACUUGACAGGGUCUGACCUUCACCUGGUCAAGACUGUGCAACUCAAGGCCGGAAGUAAAGGCGAACAGGGAGAGAAAGGCUUCAAGCCCGUGUCAUGUGAUGCUGUUGGUGUGAAGACAAAGAAACGAUACCCUGUUCUAAGGGCUGGCUGCGGUGACGGAAUUAUCUUUCAUCGGAACCAAGGGUUCACCACAACUGGCCUUACAUCCGUCAGUCCCUACUUCCCUGCCUUCAACGUAGCCUCCGACCCAGUCCUCAGAUUCGAGUGCAACUUUACCUUCUGUGACGCGGUCUGUGAUGGGAGCAGCUGUAAAAAUGCCAAAAUUCGAAGAUCCAUAGAAUCUGAAAAAAGCCGAGACCCACCACUCAUGCUCACAACGCAUACCAGUGACUUCAUGCUCCCAGUCCCGAGAACGCGGAGGUCUGCUACUCAGCACAAGCUAGACAAGAUCCUCCAGAGAAGAAGUCAAAUUCAAGCCAAAUACAAAAAGAAUUUUACACUGUGGUGUUGUUGA